CCCUAAUCCGCAUUGGAACCACGAAACCCCUCCUCGGUCAAUCAGUUGCCUCUGCCCCGUUCCCACUGCCAGCCAGCCAGCCAGCCAGUCCGACCUGUCAUCUUCAGAAACCCAUUUGUAUUUGUGCCUGUUGUUGUCGGCCCUCCAUUCCUACCUGUUUAUCUUAGGUUCCAUGGUUAUAGAGACCGAUUUUUUGUUGGCACCCUGUCAAUAAAUGCGGCCUUAGCCAGCUUGACUGCACAACUUUCUAUAGGCCACGCAGGACGACGCAUACUAUUUUUUUUUUUUUUUUUUUUUUGGUCCACGAUCCGAUUCUGGGCCGGUCUCUCUUCCCUUUACCACCACGCCCCUUCAGCUUGCCAAACGUCGCAACAAGAGAAACCCACACGUUACGCGGAUUUCAGUUGUCGCGCGACAUAGCCCUUUGGCAACACCCGCCUCGACAGUAUUUCCCUUGUGUUGGCUCGCAAUAAAUCAUAGCACCCUCAACCCGCAUAUUGUCCCACAAACCGCCGCCCGCGUAUUCGCCCCGCCCAAACCGCUCGCAAGCCCGCCAUGGAGAAUGACGGCGGCGCCAAUGCGCCCAUCUCCAACGAGGAGCGCCGCAACAUCCAGGUUGACAAUGCUAUCCGUGCCAUUCGCGAGAAGAAGCCUCUUCCCGAGAUCGACUUUUCGAUCCACACCAUGGAAGAUGGCACCCAGGUGAACACGGCCGAGCGAGUCUGCAAAGAUGUUCAAGCCCCGGCUAUGUUCAAGCCCACCGAUGAGCAGUUCUUCGAAGACGAAAGCCACGAGAAGCCCGACAUUGCCUUCCUCAAGCAGCACUUCUACCGCGAGGGUCGCCUGACCCACGAACAAGCCCUUUGGAUCCUGAAGAAGGGUACCGAGAUCCUACGCAGCGAGCCCAACCUGCUGGAGAUGGAUGCCCCCAUCACGGUCUGCGGCGACGUCCACGGCCAGUACUAUGACUUGAUGAAGCUCUUUGAGGUCGGUGGCGACCCGGCCGAGACGCGCUAUCUGUUCCUGGGAGACUACGUCGACCGUGGCUACUUUAGCAUCGAGUGCGUUCUAUACCUCUGGUGUUUGAAGAUACACUACCCCAAGACUUUGUGGUUGUUGCGCGGUAACCACGAGUGCCGUCACUUGACGGAUUACUUCACCUUCAAGCUCGAGUGCAAGCACAAGUACUCGGAGGCGGUUUACGAUGCCUGCAUGGAAUCAUUCUGCAGUCUUCCUCUGGCUGCUGUCAUGAACAAGCAGUUUCUUUGUAUUCACGGUGGCCUGAGCCCAGAGCUGCACACUUUGGACGACAUCAGAAAUAUUGACCGAUUCAGGGAACCGCCCACACAAGGCCUGAUGUGCGAUAUCCUUUGGGCAGACCCCCUGGAGGAUUUUGGACAAGAAAAGACGAGUGAUUUCUUCCUUCACAAUCACGUCAGAGGAUGCUCAUAUUUCUUUUCAUACCCGGCCGCAUGCGCAUUUCUCGAAAAGAACAACCUGCUGUCCGUUAUUCGAGCGCACGAGGCGCAAGAUGCCGGGUAUCGCAUGUACCGAAAGACUCGCACCACCGGUUUCCCGAGUGUUAUGACCAUCUUCUCGGCACCAAACUACCUCGACGUUUACAACAACAAGGCUGCGGUUCUCAAGUAUGAGAACAACGUCAUGAACAUCAGGCAGUUCAACUGCACGCCGCACCCGUACUGGCUCCCCAACUUCAUGGACGUCUUCACUUGGUCGCUGCCUUUCGUGGGAGAAAAGAUCACCGACAUGCUGCUGGCCAUCCUUGGGACGUGCUCUGAGGAGGAGUUGCGCGAGGGUGACUCGUCAUCCACGUCGCCGGGUCCCCAGUCGCCACCUCAGACACCAGCCCUGCCCGAGGCCGCCGGCGAUGGCGAAGGAUCGUCCACAUCGGCGAACGCCGCUGCAAUGGAUCCCGAAUCGAUCGAGUUCAAGCGGAGAGCUAUCAAGAACAAGAUUUUGGCCAUCGGCAGGCUUUCGCGUGUGUUCCAGGUUCUCCGAGAAGAGUCGGAGAGGGUCACGGAGCUCAAGACGGUGUCGGGUGGUCGUUUGCCUGCUGGUACGCUCAUGUUGGGCGCCGAGGGUAUCAAGAACGCCAUCAGCAGCUUCGAGGAUGCUCGUAAGGUCGAUCUUCAGAACGAGAGGCUCCCGCCCAGCCACGAGGAGGUUGUCCGACAGAACGAGGAGGAGCGUGCGCAAGCGCUCGAGCGGGCGACCAAGGAGGCUGACAACGAUAAGAAGCUGCAGACUCUGUCGCGCAGGUUGAGCACAUCGUCUAGCAGUGACCGCAAGAAAUAGACAGCUAGAGGCUCUACCUCUUUUCUUUUUCCUUGUAAUGUAUACCAAAGGUCACCUUUCGCCGUGGCGGUAGGAUAAUCCCAUCGGCGAGCAGCAUGGGAGUAUCCGACAAGCACAGACGGUAUAUCAUCUCCGCGGGUUCUGGUCGAUGCCUCACUUCUCAUUGCGAGUAAAGGCACAGGACAAGGAUGUAUAUGGGGACGUCUUUUCAUUUUUCUUCUUCGGAAUAGUGUCUCGUGGAAAGACAUAUAAAUAAGCGGAAGGAGAAACAAGACCCGCGGGGCGGCCGAGGAGCCCCUAUCAUCACGCAGUGUAAACCGUGCUUUUAACACGGCACGGCAAUCAAUGGUUCGGGGGACUCUCAUAGGUGACGGUUGAUGUGUGAACGGGUACUGAAGCUGGCGACUGGCACAUAGCUCGCAAAUGAGUAACGAUGGAAUCUUUUCCCUUUUCAUUAUUCGUCUUGGAGGCUUGACCUUCCUCACAUACUUGUGCCCUUGAUGGCGAUGAC